GCGAAGCGGCAUUUCAAAAACGCCGGUUGCCGGAUUCGUACGGGACUACGGUUUACUCAAUAUCUGAGUAAGACGCGCAAAGUUCGAAAUUUGAACAAGUGGCAAUAGAGUAAACAAUGAAUGAUAUUUUAUUCAUAAAACCGUAAUGUAAUAUUGGACUGUGAAGUGUUGUAAACAUUUUGUUUGUGACUUUUUGUGCUGCUGAGGAGUGUAUUUUGCAAGUUGGAUUCAAAUUAAAGGUUAAAAGAAGACAGAAGACCAACGAUACAAUGGCUGUUCGGAUAAUAUUGGCACUUCUUUACAUCACAUCCAGCUUCGCAGCAGAAAUACAUCCUAAAAGGGACCACAGUAUCUGCGAUGUUGACUACAACAACACAUUUAAGAUACAGUGCCUCUGUGACAAGGAUCAAGCAAACCAAUUGAUCCAAAGCGCAGAUUGCUAUGUAACUACUGACAACAUCUAUCCCGAUGACCCAGCAUGGGACCAGUUCUCCAUUCUGAAAAGCAUCACAAAACUAAGCCUAUCAAAUUCGAGAGGAAAAACACUCAAAUAUAUCCCCACUAAAGGAUUACAGAAAACCAAUUCCCUGACGAAGAUAGACGUUAAAUACAACAACAUACAAAAAAUUGAGAGUUACGCAUUUGCCAAUUUGACAGAAUUAAAAGAAAUCUACGUAAAAGAUAACAAGAUUGAAGUCUUGGAGGUAAAAGCGUUUGCUCAUCUCAAGAAGUUGACAAAAAUUGUAUUAGACAAGAAUAACAUUGCUGAAAUCUAUAGGGACGUUUUUGUCGACCUACCGAAUCUCCAAAAGUUGUACUUGACGACCAAUAUUAUUACUACUAUCCACGAUAGAGCAUUUCUGAAUUUGAACAAUCUGAGACUAUUGGAGAUCGAUAACAAUUUACUGUUCAGUUUGAAUAAUGAAACAUUUUCUGGUCUUACCAACUUAGAAAUAUUGGACUUAAGUGGCAAUAGUUUGGAAGUCAUUGGAGACAACACCUUUUUGCCUCUAAAAAAUCUACGUUCCUUAAAUUUAGAAGGAAACAAAAUUCAAAUGCUUGAUGAUAAAGCUUUUAAUGGACUUGGAAAACUGCACUCACUGACUUUAGCUAAUAAUAAGUUGACUAGCAUUGACAGUGUGAGAAUCUUCGAAGUAUUAAAAGACCUGACGUCAUUGAGUCUGAGGGAUAAUCAGUUGCAAGAACUGAAUGCUGAGGUCAUGGCGCCGAUUCUAAGUAACUUUUAUGGCGCAAACAGCACUCUGGAUGUAGAAGGAAACAACUUCCCCUGCGACUGCCGGUUGGAGUGGUUCACAACACUGCUGAACAAAACACAAAACAAAAAUCUCGAAAUCGCUUUAGAGAACCUCAAAUGUACUCCAGAUGCCAAGGUUAGCCAUUUAUACGCCAAAGCCACAGACGUGGAGAAAAGUCAAGCGAUCGAAGAAGAACCAAAUCAGAACGCCGAUUAUGAGUACUAUGACGACACACAAUUGAACGGAAAGCUUUUCUACGUCGAUUUGAGGAUAUUAAUGAACUGCACCAAUGAUACUGCUACUGCUAUACAGCCAAUGAUACCAGCCAAAGAUGCUAGUCAUGAAAACAAACGUAUCGCUACUGAAUCCAAAGUAAAUACGAUACUCAACAAUGAAUUCCUCGAUUCUAAAGCAAGGAAGGGAACAGUCACUGAAUCCAGGAAUAAGAUUGUGAAACCUACUGAUGUUUCCGUUAGUAAGCCGAAUCUGUAUACUACUAGUCGACUGGCAACAGUAUCUGCUAAGCCAGAGAAAAAGGCUUACGAUGAGAUGGCAGCAGACGAAGCAAAGCCUGACGCUCUAAGAGACCAAAUUGCUGAACAUAUGCCAGGAAAUGCACAGCAAAACGUCGCUUGUGCCGCAUUUACUGUUACCCUUUUAGUGUCUAGGUUAUUAUUUUAAUUUAAUAUAAUUAAACUAUAGUAAUUAAUAACGUUUAGUAUAUGUUAAUGUAUUUAAGCUCUCACAGUCAUUAAAAUAAAAAAUAAAUAGAUAUAAAGACUGGA